AUGGAUAAGGCCAACUUGGAACUCAUCAAAGCUGCCCUGAAGGCAGUGGACCAUUUUCCACUUCCAUUCAUUUUGCAAGGUGACUUUAACUGUGAUCCCAUCCAACUCCUAGGAGACGAGGCCAAUCGCAUGCAUUUACUUGACUUGCAGCAGAUUCAUCACCGUUUACGGGGCUGCCCUAUGCCAGCCACUUGUAAGGGCAUCACGACACCAGACAAUGCAGUUUUCAGCCCCCAAGCUGCAGCCCUCAUCCGUGGGGUUGAAGUCUGCCCACCAGGUGAUUUUGACACGCAUCAGGUUGUUUUGUACAGGCUUGCUCUCCCAAGCGAUGAUAUGCCAACAUACCAUAUGCCAAUGCCGCGCACAUGGAUUGACUUGCAAAUUGAUCCCAAGCACAUGCAAAAGGCCUAUGAACUGGCCCUGACCACGAGGGACCAGCCUGCCACCUUGCAAGCCUGGGGGGAAACGGUUGAACUUGCAGUUGAUUGGGCCUACAGACACACACAGUAUGACUUAGGGGUUCCGUGGAGCCAGACCAAACCACUGCCAAAAUCCCACCGAGGGCGAUGUAAACCACGCAAGCCGGAAAAGACCACUAGGGUUUUACUCACUAAGCAGGCCAGACCUGGAGAUUUUGCACCAUUUGAUGAAAUCAUCCGUAGGUCCACGCAGGCUAAAGUCAAACAGGUGAGAAGAGUGCAAGCCUUGCACUCCCGACUCUUGAAGGCACAAAAAACUGCCACCUUUGACGGCUGGACGGAACUCCAACUGGAAUGGUUUGCCAUCCUUCGAUCCAGGGCUUUCGGGAAGUGUUUUGUUCAAUGGUGCCAAAAUACGCCUGAAUUGGGGCCACCGCCCUUGACAUGCCCUGAUAUGGAAUACUUGAGCACCAUGUUGCAACUGCUGCGGCACCUCACAACAGCGGAAGUUGCCUUUGACCAGGCCAUCCACCGUGAUCGCCAAAAGUAUCUACAGAUGCUAGACCGAAAGUACAGAGGCAAUAAGCAGGCCUUUGCAAGUGUCAAGGAACCUCCGAUGCCAUCCUUGGUGGAAAUGAGACAGGUUUGCUCUGAAGAAGUCAUUGCAGUGCUCCCGGCACCGGCAUUGGACAUGCAAUCCACAUCAGGGUGGAUGGAGGCGGUGACACGUCUGAAGGAGCUUCUGAUGCACUUGCACUAUUGCCAGCCAGAGGCUACCAUUGAUGAUAACAUGCGAUACCGCUUGGAGGUGGCACAGUUAGCCACACAAAUUCAUGCAGAAGUCACCAGCGAGCAGGCACACCUGAAGCAGUUUUUUCGACUUCUUCUUGAUCUGAGGCAACACUUUGCUAAACUCCAACAGAAUGAGGCAGCCACAGCAGGCCAAGUGGACCUGCAACCCAGCAAUAAACCUUCACCGCAGCAGGUCAUGGGGGAUUGGAGUGUUCAGGAAGUUUGGGUUCCGCCACCCCCAGGGGUUGAAUUUUUCCAGUAUUCACCAUGGGGGCAACCAACGUGCCAACUCAUUUUGCAAUGGAUGCAGCUGAUACAGUGGCCAGCUGCAGAGCAAAUACAGGAAGGGGACCCGGGCAUUAGCUGGACGGAACUUGUUUUGUCGUUUACAAUUUGGGCUAAGAUGGUUAUUCCCUUAAAGCGCUCCACCCCGCAGCGUGGAGAGUAUUUACAAACCUUCGACACUUGGGAAGCUGUGAAUAGUUUUGCCAUUGGCCUUGGUGAAUUGUCCAGUAGCUUCUCUAUCCUGGUGCAACAGGUUCGGAGACUAACCACAUGUGACCCCUGGCCCAAUCGGGCCCAGGGUUGGGUGCGCAGCCUGUACCAACUUGGGGCGAAGAAUCAACCAUUUGGCUACAAACAACGGCCAGUAAUCCCAGAACAGCGCGCGGUUGUCAGAUACUUACACUGGUAUUUUGGGCAAUACUCCACUUACGAUCAAUUCCCGCCAAUUGCUGGUAUUGAACUUGGCAGGGUCAAUCCUGCGAAUAUGGCGGCCACAUGGCAGAAGGGGCUACGACUGGCCGCAAAGGGCUACAAUGUGGCGAAAACUUGGAGGCGUCAGCCUCAGCGACGCGCGACGCAAGUUGAAGAGGUGACAGAGACCGAAGUGAAAGUGGAUCCCGUGGAAAAGCUGUGUGCAAAGCUUCCCUUGCUCACGGGCCGAAAGAAUCACACGGAAGAAAGUUUGGAUUUUAAGGUGCUGGGCUCCAAAGUUGGAACCUCUGUGGAGCUGACUCUGCCUCCACUGCAGUAUUGGCAAUACAUGCGGGGGAAAGGCAAGACUCUGCGAAAGCGAGAAUUGCCCAAGUUCCAAUCCAAUGCUGAUAGCUUGGUGACAGCCAAGGAACAGGCAGCCGAAGCCGCCUUGUCCAGUCUCUUCCGAAUCGUGGACACGCGCUUGUCCAGCAGUAACAACCAGGCCUUUGCCCGGGUCAUGGCUGGCAUUUUCAAUGAUGGCGUGGAAAUUGCUCAGAUCCGAUUUCCCGCGAUCGAUGAAACUCAGAGAAGUCCAGGCAACUUCCUCUACGCCUUGGCCUACCUCGCGCGGCAGGUUUCCGCCGAGGCCCCGAAGCGGAUCCUGACGGCCUGCCACCUGCGGCGCCUCCGGGACCGACCGGACUGGCUGCAGGGCUUCGUGCAGCAGAAACAACGAUUGGUGAUGCCACAAAACACCAGCAUUUUGUCCGUCUCUGCCGACACGCAGCCCAAUAACCUGGCAGCGUAUAUGGAGAAGGCCCUGCGGGAGAAAGGUGCGGUGAAGCUUCAGCUUGCAGGAACUAAGUCGGCGGACCAAGCGUUGCUGGCAUUGAGGGAUUUGAACCUCCAGUAUUCGCACCGCUUCUGCUCCUACUUCAUGCACGGCACCUUUCAGAAUGCCACAGGUGCAGGGUACAAAGAAGCCUUGCGAAGGUGGAGCUACAAGGAGCAUGCCCUGAUGUUUGUGGACCGUAUGUUUGCUUAUGACUUGGGUCCUGUACUCUUCAAGCCGGCAGAGGCGCUUCUGCUUUUUCAAAAACCAGUCCUCAGCAGCUUGGUUCGGAUCGCCAUGUCGGAAGCCAACAAGGAGGAGAUCGAGAAGUGCAAGCAGAUUGCGCAAGCUGCACUGGCGGCUGGAGAUGCCGAAAAAGCAUCUCGCUUCCUUCAGAAGGCCAAGCGCAUGUGUCCAACGGACACAUCCAUCGAUGACCUCCUAGCCAAGGCCGCCGCCGGCGCCACCGGCGGCAGCUCCCCCGGCGCCUCGCCGUCGCCUGGCGCCGCGCGCGCGCCGGACCCGACGGCCUCAGAGGGGCCGAGGCAACGCGCCGCGGCGAGCAACGUGCGAACCACCAAGGAUGGCAAACAAUACACCUCCGAGCAAAUGCAGUUGGUGCAGCGCAUCCUCCGAACCAAGGAUGCUUGGGCUGGGGAAGGUGGGAAAGCACAGGACUAUUACGACAUCUUGGAGGUUCCAAAGAAUGCAAAUGAGGAGGUCGCAAAGAAGGCCUACCGAAAGUUGGCUUUGAAGCUGCACCCCGACAAGAACGGUGCGCCCGGAGCCGACGAGGCGUUCAAGAAGCUCAGCAAAGCAUUCCAAUGCCUUACGGACCCCGAGAAAAAGAUCCUGGGACGGACAUGGGUCGUGUCCCGGGACAUGGCUGCCCCAAGGCAAGUCUAUGACACCUAUGGGGAUGAGGAGCGAAUGCCACAGCAACAGCGCCACCACUACCAGCAGGAUUUCAUGACUCCCGAGGACCUGUUUGCCGCGUUUUUCGGUGGCGGUCCGGCAUUCCAUCAACAUCACCAUGGGCCCCGACACCGACAUCACCAUGACGAUGGGCAGAUGCAGCGUGUGCAAAUCUUUCAGGCUCUGCCGGUACUGCUCUUGGUACUCUUGACGUUGGCCUCCAAUUUUGCCGCGAAGGACGGUGGUAGCAAGUUUUCCUUUCAGCCAAACAAUGCCUACCGCAACGAACGAAGUACUGCCACCCUGAACGUGGCCUACUACGUGACGGACGAUUUCGAGGAGCACUACAACGAGGGCACCCGCAAUCUGGCGGAGUUUGACCGACAGGCUUUUGAUCCCCAUUUAAUUUGCCACGUGCCGGAGAAGGAGGAUCUAGAUGUUGAAGUUCAAGAACGGUUGAAACGCUUGGAGAAGAGAGGUGCUAAGCUGAUUUUCCAUCGACUCAGUUUCCUCGAUCGUUUGACUGAGAAGUUGGAACGGGAAAGCGUCAAGGACGUCGAUGCGGAAUGCGUUGCAGGCACCUUCGCGCGCCUGGAGAUUCCAAGCAUUCUGACCCGUAGUGACAUCCUGGAGAGGCAUGACCGCAGAUAUGCCUUGUACACCGACACUGACGUGAUUUGGUGGCGGAAGGUCAGCAUGAAUGAGUUCAUGGCUUCGAUUCCAUCGCAGAAGUUCUCGGUGGCUUACACUGGACAGAUUAGCAAGGAGGAGGGACCUAUCAACACGGGUGUCAUCCUGAUGAAUUUGCAGAAUCUCAACAAAGACAUGC